AUGUUCAAGCUACUUCCUAUCGCGCUCCUGGCGACUCUCGUCGUUGCUGAUCCUACUGUUUACCUUAUCCGUCACGGUGAGAAGCCUGAUAGCGGUAAUGGGUUGACUGCUCAGGGUGAGGAGCGCGCUCAGUGUCUGCGCACUGUUUUCGGUGCUAGCUCGGGUUAUAAUAUUGGUCAUAUUAUGGCUGAGACUCCUGAGAGUGGAGCCAAUGUUGACUCCUUUACAGAUGGCAAGCGUCAGCGUCCCUAUGACACAGUCGAGCCUCUGGCUGAGGACCUCGGUCUGACUGUUGAUACUUCAUGUGACCGUGAUGACUCGAAGUGUGUUAAGGAUGUUGUUGAUAACUACACUGGUAGUGGCAAUAUUCUCAUCUGCUGGGAGCACGAUGCGCUUACGGAUAUUGCGGAGGAGCUGGGUGAUGAUGAUGCGCCGGAUUAUCCCGAUGACAGCUUCAACAUCAUCUGGACUGAUCCUUCUCCUUACACUUCUAUCACCUCGGAGACUAGUGAGAACUGCCCUGGUCUGGAUAAUUAG